AUGGAUUAAAGCAAUUUUCAAAAAGACUUGAUUGAAUCAGAAGAGGCCUUUAUAGAAUAAUUUGAUAGAAAUUCAGCUAAUUACCAUCAUGGUAAUCCAACAGCCGUUCCAGUAGGAGGUUAAAGAAUUCCUGAUUCGAUGCCAACAAUGUACCCUGAAUAAGUAUAAGANCUUUCAUUUGAAAUUUAUGGAGGGAUGUAUUAAAAUUCAAAAGCAAAAUCUUUACCUUAAAAACAGUAUAUGUGA